AUGGGCGCCAAGCAGCAGCAGCCGGAGGACGGCGAGCCGUCGUCGCCGCAGAAGGGCGACUUCCUCAAGCUGUUCUGGACGCUGGCCGAGAGCGAGCGCGGCGUGCGCACGCAGGCUGCGGCGCAGCUGCUCGCCCACCUCAAGAGCAGCGCCAAGCAGGAGGCCGAGGUGCAGUACACGCUCAAGCGCCUGGUGCGCGGCCUGGCCUCGUCGCGCGACGCCGCGCGCCAGGGCUUCAGCACGGCGCUGAGCGGCCUGCUGAGCGCCUUCCCCAAGCAGCUCGCGCUGCAGAGCACGCACGAGCUGCUGCGCGACGCCAUGGAGGUGCACUCGUCCAUGAAGCCCAUGGAGCAGCGCGAGCACAUGUUCGGCCGCCUCUUCGGCCUGCUGGCGCUGCACCGCUGCGGCCGCCUGAGUGCCGACCUGCCGCUGCUGGUGGCCGUGGUCAAGGAGCUGCUGGACAUGGCCGCGUUCAAGCGCUGGUUUCGCGAGGCGUGCUACGAGGCGGCGCUCACGCUGCUGGCGGACGUGCCGGCCGAGCAGUUCCUGGCGGAGCUGGCCGGCCCGAUCCACAACUGUCUGCAGAUUCAGCCGUCCAAGGGCAGCGACGAGGAAGGCGUCGAGGCCUGGAAUGCCGACCAGGUGCUGCUCGCUGUGGGCGUACAGCGCUACCUGCACGUGUCGGGCAUCGACCAGGACGAGGAACAGAUGAAGCAGCUGCCGGAAAACUUCGCGGCCGUCAACGCGCUGCAGCGCCACAAUGUGCACGUGCUCGCGCGUCCGCUGCGCGGGUCGUCGGGCUGCUACCCGCGCGUGCACUCGGCCUGGUUCGGCGUGUUCGGCCACGUGCUGAAUCCGACGGAGGACGCGUCGGCCACGCUCGAUGGUGAGCUGUUCCAGGAGGCGUGGACGGUGCUGGUAGAGAACUCGCUGGUCGAUGGCAGCAACGCGGACGACAGUGCGCCUACCAGCCACGAGCGCCAGGGCCUGGCGUUGAAGUUGUUCGAGCUGGUGGCGCCCAAGCUGCCGGCGCCGGUGCUGCGUGCCAUCCUGACCCCGCGCUUCGUCAAGUGGCUGUACAACAACGCCGUUGCCAAGAGGAACUACCUGCACGAGGCUGCGCGUCACUGCCUCAAGUCUUUCGCUGCGUGCGCGCCCGCGGAGUUUUUCCACUUCGUCCGCAAGCAGUUCGCGACUCCCCUUUCGAUCCUGGUGACGUCGACCUCGGCUGAUAGCGACGACGAAGCGGAGGAGGAGGAGAAGCCCAAGAAGAAGCAGAAACUGAGCGCUGGAGGCUUCGACAAGCUCGUGGAGCUCGAGGAGAAGAAGGAGCGCGAGGAGGCGCUCAAGCGACGCACGGACCGCGCUCGUGUGUGGGCGCUGGAGACGAUGGUGGCUGCUCUUACGGAGAUGCUGAGCGCCAAGGCCGAGGCGGAUGAUGAGACCAAGAAGCUGCAGGAUGACGCAGUCCGAUUCCUGGUGUUCCACUCGUUCUUCACGCCGUCGGGCGAGGCUGAGUCUACGCCUUCCAAGAAGAGCAAGAAGAACAAAAAGGCGAAGAAGAGCGCGAAGUCGGCGGACGACGAGGUGGUGAAAGAGGCGGCUGAGGCCACGCCUGCUCUCUCGGAGAACGUGGCCAACUACGCCAAGACGCGUCUGUUUUCGCUCUUGAGCCUGGGUCUUGCGGGUGCCGACGGUGCGCGUGCCAGCGCCAGCGUGCUGAGCCGCAUUUUCGCGAUCGCCCAGGACAUGCAGACCAACAGCGGUGCUGUUGUGCUGCGGGAGCCUCUUAGCGAGGAGGUGGCAGCGCAGUUUACUGCUCUUGUGGGCCACAUCGACACUCUGCGCAGCAAGGAAGCCGAUGAGGUCGAGAAGGAGAAGAAGACAAAGAAGUCGGCGGCGCACCGUCCGCUGAGCGAGGCGUUCCUGUUGUUGUUCAUGAGCGCCGGGCUUCAGCUUCUGGAUAGCGAGCAGCGUGAGGACGCUGCUGUGGUGGCGGCUGAUCUGGAUAAGUGCUAUGCCCAGCUCGUUGCUCGUGAGCAGAAGACUACCCCCACCAAGAAGAAGAGCAAGAAGAACAAGAAGAAGGAGGCUGAGCCCGAGGAGACGGAGGAGGAGUCGGUGGUUGUGCUGACGGACUUGUUGCUGAGUCUGCUGUCCCAGGACUCGAGUGCGCUGCGUGAGAUCGUGUCGCAGGUCUUCCGUUCGCUGCUGCCGCUGCUGAACGGUGCGUGUUUGACCACGAUGGUAAACGUGCUGCAGCCGUCGACCGAGGGUGAAGGCGCUGCUGCUGACGACGAGGACGACGAGUUCGCCCCCAUUACGCGUCGCGAGGAUGAAGAAGAGAACGACGAGGAGGACGAAGAGGAAGAGGACGAAGUGAUGCUGUCCUCGGCCGAUGCUGUGUCUGAUGCGCUUCGCAACGACGAGAAGCUGUCGCAGCUGCACCAGGAGGACCUGGCCCUUGCUGCUAUCGUCGGACAGGUGAAGCACCGCUCGCAGCGCAAGAAGGACCUGAAGCGUGCUCGCUUGCAGACGAUGCACUUCCAGCUGCGUGUGCUGGACCUGCUUCAAGUGUUUGUUUCGCAGCGUCCUGAGCAGACCGAGGCGGCUACUGCCAAGCACAACGCUUUGGUGCUAUCGUUGGUUGCCCCGCUGUUCCGCGUGCUUACUCAUGUGCAGAACGCCGACACCGAGAAGCUGGUGCUCCGGGAUCGCCUGCAGGCCGUGCUGCUUCACAAGGUGCUUCGUGCCAAGGACAAGAUCCCGUCCGGCCAGGCUGCUCCGACCGAGGCGUUGGACGCUCUCCGCCAGAUUGUGGAGCUGAUCCGCACGGUCGCUAUGGAGAAGGACCACACCGGCAAGGUUGCGUCGGCUGCUGUCGUGUACCUCGUCCGCGUCAUUUGCACCAGCGAGGCGUCUAGCAAGGAGGAAGUGCAGAAGAUCAUCCGUGCGUCCGUGCUGGACGCCUUCACCAAGAAACACGCGCGCUUCCCGCGUGCGUCCUUCGAGGAGCUUCUGACCAAGUCUCCGGCUGUCGGCGCCCGUGUGCUGCUCGAGCCUCUUGCUGCUGUUGCUGCGGCGUCCGAGAAGAAGGAGGACGCUGACGAGUCGGAGGUGCGCGCCGCUGUCGACGAGUUCUCCAAGUGCGAGGUGUUCCGUCUCCUGACGGUGCUGCUCCGCAGCAGCAGCAAGCUGCAGCAGAGUGGCGUGCUGUCGAAGGCGCAGCGCAGUGCGUUCAAGCGUGUGCAGACGUCUCUGAAGACGGCGCUCGUGCGGCAACUGGCCCCGGAGAGCGUGCAGCAGCUCAAGGCGAAGCGCAUGAAGGUCGUGAUGAUGUUCGCGCUGCAGCUGGUCAAGUUCUGGCAGGCGUCCGAGGACAAGAAGGCGACGGAGGCCGACGUCCGUGCUGUGGUCGCUGCCGUGCAGGCCGUGGACUCUAAGUCGCCCGUGGUCAAGGAUAUGGUGAAGCAGGUGUCGGACGCUGCCGGCAUCCCGUUCGUGGCUGCCAACGGCGCCAAGGCGGACAAGAAGAAGACCCCCACGGAGGACGAGGACGAGCUCAUGCCCGAGCAGGACGAGGAUGAGGAGGACGCACAGAAGGCCAAGGCCAAGAAGACCAAGGGCAAGGCCAAGACCAAGAGCCCCAAGGACAAGCAGAAGAAGAAGCGCAAGCGCGCCGCCGCCGAGGAGUAA